AUGAACACAACGGUUAAGGCUGAUAUUCCAACCCUAACCACAGCAGCCGACACCUUCUCCUCGGCCAUCGAGGGUAUCAAACACAUGGACGGUCUCGUCCGUUCUCUUACUCUGCAGCCAUAUCCCAUCUCUCCGCUGGAAAAAUGCAUCUCUGAAGGAGGUAACUGCACAGGCCUGGAUCCCGCUGAUGGCCCACUUGUGUCGGUGUUGUUGUUGCUGUACUGGAAUAACGCUAGCGAAGACAAAGUCAUUCUCAGAGUCACCAGAGGCAUUCUCAAGACCAUUGAACGGGAUGCAGCUUCGCGGGGUCAGGCGGUCCCCUUCGUGUACCUUAACUACGCAUUUGACUUUCAGGAUCCGAUCGGCUCCUAUGGUGCCGCGAACCAAGGUCUCCUGCGGGAGACGAGCAAGAAAUACAACCCAGAAGGUAUUUUCCAGAAGGGAGUCCCUGGUGGGUUCAAAGUUUCAAGUGAGGCGGGGUUUACAUGA